GCCUUUUAGCCAUUGGAUUUGAGAAAUAUGGAUCUGAGAAAGAAUUACUUAAAAAUCUAAUUAAACAUCUAUAUGAUGUGUAUAUCAAAAUUAAUAAAAGAUUUAAAAAUCUUAGUAUAGAAAGAUACAAAGAUACUUACGCUUAUUUUAAUGUUAAUUUUGACAUUUAUUCUGGUGAAUCACAAAUUAGUAAUGAAAGAAUCUCUCUUGUAUUAAAAAUACUCAAGGAGAAAAAUAUUGCUAUGAAAUCAAAUAGUACAAUAAUUGUAAAUUUAGGUGAAUAUAAAUUAGAUAUUGCGAUAAUUCAAAAGAAUGAUAGUAUAACCUUAUAUAUUACUCAGGAUAUUG